GCUAGUCGGGGGCCUGGCCGGACUCUUCGGGGGACUCUUAUCUAGUGAUGUGUAACCCACAGGAUGCCCAACAGCAUUGGAAAAAGGUUUAAACCCACGAAAUACAUCCCGGUCUCCACCGCCGCUGCCUUGCUGGUCGGAUCCACCACUUUGUUCUUCGUCUUCACGUGCCCCUGGUUAACAAGAGCCGUCUCCCCAGCCAUCCCUCUGUACAAUGGGCUCGUUUUUCUUUUUGUCCUCGCAAACUUCAGCAUGGCGACAUUCAUGGACCCAGGGGUUUUUCCACGAGCAGAUGAAGAUGAGGAUAAAGAUGACGAUUUCCGAGCUCCGCUGUACAAGAACGUGGAGAUCAAAGGGAUCCAAGUACGGAUGAAAUGGUGUGCCACUUGCCACUUCUAUCGCCCUCCCCGUUGCUCCCAUUGCAGCGUCUGUGACAACUGUGUGGAGCAGCUCUUUGCAGUUUACAGAACAGCAGGGGAACAAUCCGUGGAUCUCCUGUUGUUACUUCUCAUUAAAUGCUCAGAUGGCAGAUGGGAGCUCACGCGGCGGUGUGAUGUUCAACCUAUGUCUGUCAUGUGUGUGGCUGGGUUGUUCUUUAUUCCGGUCAUUGGCCUCACGGGCUUCCAUAUUGUCCUAGUGGCGCGAGGACGCACAACCAACGAACAGGUGACAGGUAAAUUCCGCGGAGGAGUGAAUCCUUUCACUCGAGGAUGCUGUGGUAAUGUGGAACAUGUUCUCUGCAGCCCUCUGGCACCCAGGUACAUUGUUGACCCAAAGAAGAAACAGCCGGUAAGCGUGAAACCACCCUUUCUGAGACUGGAUUUAACUGAGCGGCAGAUUACAGUCAAAAUAAGUGACAACGGCAUUCAAGCCAACCUCAACCGGAGCAAGUCUAAAGUUAGCCUGGAAGGGCUGGAUGAGAAAAGCCUGGACAUCCAGCCACCUCUACCACCCAAAGGAGACUCCAGCAAAUACAGUGAACCGGGGAGCAGCGAAGAGAGCAGCCUUUCGCCCAAACUGAUCAGCCCUCCCACACCGGCGAUGUACAAGUAUCGCCCAGCUUUCAGUAACAAUCCAAAAGUACACUAUCAUGGAGCAUCUGAACAGAUCUCCAUACAAGACGGCCAUAAGCAAGCAGCCGUCAUGGAGGAGAAUGACAGCAGCCUCGAUUACCAGUCGGAACCGAGCGUUGAUAUCCCCAGCUAUCGGCAGAGCUCCCUCCACAAGACCUACCAGUCUUCUCCGCUCCAGAUAGACUCCUUUGCCGUCAAUUCGAGGUCUUUGAGCCUGAAAUCUGCCAGCCGGCGAGGGAUAGACAAAGUGUCCCUCCACCCCCUGAAGUCGGAAGGGGCUGCUUCCACACCUUACAAGAGCAUCUUUUCCCCCAACUCUUUGUCGAACAGGAACGGAAGUCUGUCUUACGACAGUUUGCUUAACCCCAUGUCCCCCUCAGGGAGGAGGUGCAUGGCUCAUUCCGCUGUGGGCUCCAUCGGGUACCACUCGCCAUAUUUGUCUGCCAAAAUGUGCCACCUGCGGGGCAGAGAGCUUCAGCGCCCACCCCCGCAGAGCUUCAGCCCUGUGCUGGGCAGCCCGGCCUCCCACCCGCGUGACCCCUCGCCGGUCCGCUACGACAACCUGUCGAAAACCAUCAUGGCGUCCAUUCAGGAGAGGAAGGAAAUGGAGGAGAGGGAAAAGCUCCUCCUCUCUCACCCAGACUCUGUGUUUGCAGACUCGGGGGUGUACGACACCCCUAGCUCUUACAGCCUUCAGCAGGUCAGCAUGCUGUCGGAAGACCCCCGUAGCAUCAUUUUGAGAUACGGCUCUAGAGACAAUCUGAUGACCACAAGCAGUUUUAGUGCGAGGAACCCUGUCCUGCAGGCCUCGGUCACUUCCCUCUCCAGUGCAAUGACCAGAACGUCAAGGACUUCCACUCCUUCCCUUCAAGCUGACCUAGCCAAUAACAAUGUCCAAGCCCACCAAGCGUUGCAGGGCCGGGUGAGCAAUGGCUCCUUCAAGUCUCCCGGCCAUCAAGUCCCGUCGUCCCCCAGUGGAAUAUCCAGGUCACCCUCGUACGGCCCAAAAGCGGUCUCGUUUGUUAAUGCUGUGGAAAUAACAGAGGCACAACCAAUGGGGACUCCAAGGGAGGACAUCCAGUUGAAGACACCUCACAGUAAAAUUAAUGGACAGCCAAAAGGAAUUUCAAGGGUAGAGUGUCGACUAGGGUCAACGCCAAGCCCCCAGGGACCCCCAGUCAGUCCUGCUAGGCACUCAAACGUUAAGAAAGUGUCUGGAGUGGGUGGAACGACCUACGAAAUUUCAGUAUAAAGGAGAAAUUCGUGAAACAAAGAGCCAUCCACAAAACCAGCCAUGAAGCUAGGUGCACUGUGAAAACUCAGAUAAUAAUGCCAACAAGAAGAGGAGGAGGAGAAGGAGCAGCUGAUGGUUUCCUUUCCGUUCCGUUUCAUGGGGGUGGGUUGGUUUUUGUUUUUAAAUUAAAAAAAGAACACUCCUUCUUUCUUUAAGCAACUUUGUUUUGGCCAAAAACCAGCUGCAGCCUUACUUGUGAAGACAUAAAACUUUGUACAACUCAUUGGAAAAAUCUCUCCGACAGGCAGUUGGGAACCAGCUCAGUCAAUCGACAGAUGUGCGGCACCAGGAGUCAGAGAUUACUCUUGCUUUUGUGGAAGAGGAUGGGAAAAGCCAUUGUGCGUUUGUCCAUCAAAUCCUGUCAUGUAGAUGUUGUACUGUGAUCUUAAAAAAACCCAGUUUGAUCGGGCUCAGUGGUUCUCCCCGUCCUGUCCCUCCAAGUUUGAUGGUGAUAUG